AAUGGCUGAAGCCAAACAAUUUGCCUUUCAAGCUGAGAUAUCUCAGCUUAUGUCAAUUAUUAUUAACACUUUCUACUCAAAUAAAGAGAUUUUCCUUCGUGAAUUAAUAUCUAAUGCUUCAGAUGCUUUGGAUAGGAUUCAAUAUGAAUCACUUACUGAUUCUUCAAAACUUAAUAACGAACAUGAACUUUAUAUCCGAAUCAUUCCUGAUAAGGAAAAUAACGUUCUUAUAUUACGGGAUACUGGAAUUGGCAUGACCAAGGCCGAACUUGUGAAUAAUCUUGGUUCUAUUGCUCGUUCAGGUACUAAGAAUUUUAUUGAAGCUUUGCAAUCUGGUGCUGACAUUUCUAUGAUUGGUCAGUUUGGUGUUGGUUUCUAUUCUGCCUACUUGGUUGCGGACCGUGUUCAAGUGAUCACAAAGCACAAUGACGACGAACAGUAUAUUUGGGAAUCGUCAGCCAGUAGAUCAUUCACUAUCGCUCGUGAUACAGAUAAUGAACCAAUUGGCCAAGGCACACUUAUUAAAUUGUUUCUCAAAGAAGUUCAAUUAGAAUAUCUUGAAGAACAUAGGAUUAGAGAGAAAAGAAAUUCUGAUGAUAUUAAACAUGAAGAAUAUGCUGUAUUCUACAAGUCUCUAACUAAUGAUUGGGAGGAACAAUUGGCCGUUAGGUAUUUCUCUGUCGAAGACAAUUGUGAAGAUUUAAUUCCUGAAUAUCUUAACUUCAUCAAAGGAAUAGUUGAUUCAGUAGAUCUGCCGCUUAACAUUUCUCGAGAAAUGCUUCAACAGAACAAGAUUCUUAGAGUUAUUCGUAAAAAUAUAGUGAAAAAAUGUAUAGAGCUGUUUUCUGAGAUUGCUGAGGACAGGGAAAAUUUCGCAAAAUUCUAUGAAGCAUUUUCCAAAAACAUUAAGCUUGGAAUUCAUGAGGAUUCUCAGAAUCGGUACAAAUUAGCCGAAUUCCUUCAUUAUUAUUCUACAAAAUCCACCGAUGAACUUACCUCUCUAAAAGAUUACAUGACGCGCAUGCCAGAAAAACAAAAAGAAAUUUACUACAUUACAGGAGAAAAUCGUCAGGCUGUUGAGAAUUCACCAUUUUUGGAGGUAUUAAAAAAACGAGGGUAUGAAGUCUUACUUAUGACCGACCCCAUUGAUGAAUACACUAUUUCGCAACUUAACGAAUACGAUGGUAAGAAACUUGUAUGUAUCACAAAAGAAGGGCUUGAGAUUGAUGAAGAUGAGGAAGAAAAAAAACUGCGUGAAGAAGAAAUUAGGAAAUAUGAUUAUUUGUGCAAGCAAAUUAAAGAAAUUCUUGGUGAUAACGUUCUUGUAUCAAAUCGUAUUUCAGUGUCACCAUGCGUUCUUGUAACUGGACAAUACGGUUGGUCUGCCAACUUUGAAUGUAUCAUGAAAGCUCAGGCAUUACGUGAUUCUAUUGAGGCUGAUAAGAAUGACAAGAUAGUUAAAGACCUUACAUGGCUUCUUUUUGAAACAUCACUUGUACAUUCUGGUUUUAGUUUGGAAGAACCUUCAUUAUUAGCCAGCAGAAUUUUCAAGAUGAUUCAAUUAGGCCUUGAUAAUGGAAAUUAA